CGUGUUCUCGCUCUUCCACUUCCACACAAAGAACAGAUUAGGCGCGCACUCACCACACCAAUUCGCUUCAAUGGCGUUCCCUCUCUCUCCCUCCUUCAACCCCUCCAUCGCUCGAAACCGAAUCGCGUGCUUCUCGAAGAAGCAGCACCGCCACGUCAUCACAAAGGACACGGAAGUGGUGGUGGUAGACAGAGACACGGAGCGUGCCACGUCAGCGGGCGCUAUGCUGAAGAGGAUAAUGAAGCGGUUGAGGAGUGUGGCGGUGGUUCCGAUCGUGAUUGCGUCGGUUCAGAUAAGCGCGUUGGUGGCGCCGUUAGUUGAUUACGUGGCGUCUCCGGGUGCCGCCGAAGCGGUUCUGUAUUCGCCGGAUACGAAGGUUCCGAGGACGGGAGAAGUUGCUCUCCGGAAAGCCAUUCCUGCCAAUGCUAACAUGAAGGCUAUUCAGGACACUCUUGAAGAUAUUUCGUACCUGUUGAGGAUUCCGCAGAGAAAACCGUAUGGAACAAUGGAGGGGAAUGUGAAGAAAGCUUUGAAGAUAGCAGUAGAUGAAAAGAAUUCUAUAUUGGCUAGUAUACCAGCAGAACUGAAGGAAAGGGCCUCUUUGGUACAUGCAUCUCUAAUAGAGGGAAAGGGGGGCUUGCAAACUCUACUUCAAUCUAUAAAGGAACAGGAUGCAGAUAAAGUAUCUGUGAACCUUGCAUCUACACUGGAUACGGUAGCAGAGCUGGAGUUGUUACAGGCACCAGGAUUAUCAUUUUUGUUGCCAGAGCAAUAUGCACAACAAUAUCCACGGCUUUCAGGGAGAGGAACUGUUGCAUUCACCAUUGAGAAAGGAGAUGGUUCAACAUUUUCUCCAGUUGGGGGAGAGCAGAAAAAUACUGCCACCAUUCAGGUUGUUAUUGAUGGAUACUCAGCUCCACUAACUGCAGGGAAUUUUGCAAAACUGGUGAUGGAUGGAGCCUAUAAUGGCACAAAGCUCAACUGUAUCAACCAAGCUGUUAUCUCAGAUAAUGGAGUUGAUAAGAACACUGGUUAUAGUGUUCCCUUGGAAAUAAUGCCCUCUGGACAAUUUGAGCCCCUUUACAAAACAACAUUAAGUGUGCAGGAUGGAGAACUGCCGGUUCUUCCGCUAUCUGUUUAUGGGGCACUUGCUAUGGCUCACAGUGAAGCCUCGGAUGAGUAUUCAUCGCCUUAUCAGUUUUUCUUCUAUCUCUAUGAUAAACGAAGUGCUGGUUUGGGAGGAAUAUCAUUUGAUGAAGGACAAUUUUCAGUUUUUGGAUACACGACUGCCGGGAGAGACAUUCUACCCCAAAUAAAAACUGGUGAUGUUAUUCGUUCUGCAAAGCUUAUUGAAGGCCAAGACCGUCUUGUAUUGCCGAAGGAAAGUUGAGUAGAUUCCCUUACGGGGUUACCCAAGUAGGAACAAAUCAUUCAUUCUUUUUAAUAUAUAUAAGCUUUGUGGACAUCAGCCUAAUUUUCUUGUUGCAGGUUGUGUUGUAAAUUACUAAAUUAUAUAGAAAUGAGUUGAAAUUUCUAUUGAUUAAAUAUCCAAUGAAACAGUGAGAGAAAUUCUCCAGAAAGGAAUCCCUUUCAGUGACUUAAUUCUUCAAUGUUAUCCCCUGAUUUCUUGUACAAUAGAGUAUAUCACAGGGUGCGUGUACCAAAUGGCUUAAUUUUGGGAAGAAAUUAUAGUCAUUUUCUUAGCAUA